CAAAUCUGCUUUUAUAACUGUGUACUUGUAAACUUCAGGAAACCAUUCAUAUUGCAUCAUGGACCCCAAAGAAGUCAAGGCAACUUUGAAAAAUGCCAGAGAAUCAAUAAGAAAUAAAGAGUUCAAAGAAGCACUUAAACACUGCAAGUCUGUUUUGGCCUGUGAUAAGAACAACUACAAUGCAUUGGUAUUUGUGGGUGUCGCUGCCGAAGGACUGGACCAGAUUGAGCAGGCAGUUAAAGCUUAUAAAAGAGCCAUAGAAUCUUCUCCUGGUCAACCCUUGGCAUGGCAGGGCCUAGGUGGUCUGUAUGAGAAACGACCUUCAGCUGAACAUGACACUGACUUGAUCAGUGUUUACCAGAAGCUGCAGGAACUACAUGGCAGUGACAAGGAGAAGCAGCGAGAUAUCCAAGUGAAACUUGCUAAGUUGUAUAUCAGACUUGAGGACCUAGAAAAGGGACAACAAAUUUAUGAAGAUUUGAUAAAAGGAGAACAAGAUUCAGCCAGAAAAAUCCAACUUCAAACUGACCUGGUGGAUGUUCUGAUGACAGAGAAAAAGUUGACAACUCCACAGGAACACAUGUUGAUGGAGCUGGUUACAACACUCACUGAAAAGGAGACCACAGUGACCUUCGCAAACCCAGAUCAGUUAGUUACCAGGUACCUGGACCUUCUCAUCAAGCACCGUAAGGUGACCAGCUUGCCUGACCAGUGUGGUCGCCUUCAACUCAUGUUUCCAGCUCUUUCCUAUCCACUGGAACUUUUAAUUAUCCACUUCAUGGAGACAGAUUCAGAUGUGUCACAACUUGAGAACACUGUGACUAAGCUAAAUGAUUUAGAUCCAAAGAGCCCAUAUCUUGUUGCCGCCCAGGGCUACCAGUUGCUGCGUCAGAAAAUCUAUGUACAAGCUCGACCACUGCUUGCUUCAGCUGCUGAGAACCUGAAGAAGGUGGCUGUAGUACAUUACUUCCUAGCUAAGGUAUUGUCAGCACUGCACCUUUAUAAAGAGGCACUGAAGACUUGUAAUAACUGCUUUAAUGUUAUGCAGAAGAAGGACCGUGUGAUGAUAUCAGGUGGUGAACUUGAUGCACGUCUCUCUGUCCUACAGUCUCACAUAGACUACAGGAUAGGUUCACCAUCUUCAGUGGACAGAGCUAUCCAAACACUUUCUCAGAGACAAGAUCUUCCCAUUGACCUGAAGUUACUACUUGGAUUUGUUUACCUGAAGGCAGGACGAGUUGAAGAUGCUGAGAAAAUGGUGAUGGGCACCAAGAAUACAGCUGGUCUAGAUGGAUGGAUUCACUUCCUCAAGGGAGACUACUCUGGCGCUAUUCACAGGUUAACAUUAGCUGUAGAGUCUGCUCCAGAUGUCAGUGAUAAUCACCUCAUGCUUGGCAAAGCAUUGUGGGAAAUGUGGAAAGAGGAGAAGUCAAAGGAAUCGGCAGAGAAAAGCUACAUGUCUUUUCUAAAGGCAGCAAAGUUGGACACCUAUAACAGCGAGGCAUUCCUGUAUCUGGGCCACUUUUCCUUGGAAGUCCAGCAUGACAAGGUCAAAGCCACCAAGUGUUACCAGAAGGCAUUUGACCUUGACAAUGACAAUGAUGAUGCUGGAGUAGCCCUCUGUGAUCUUUUAGCCAGUACUGAUCAAGAGGAGGAUGCCCAUAAUAUCAUUGUCUCUGUUACAUCUAAAGCUAGUGCUGGAAGUGCUAAGUGGGCAUGGUUACGACUGGGGCUGUACCAAGUCAACCGCGACAGUCCAUCUGUGGCAAUCACCAGUUUCCAGUCAGCACUGAGGGCUGACCCCAAAGACAAUCAUGUGUGGGAGUGUUUAGCUGAGGCCUACUUACACAGAGGCAGUCUUACUGCUGCCCUAAAGGCUUUCACCAAAGCCUCAGAGCUGGAUCCUAGUUCCUUGUAUUGUCUAUAUCAGAUUGCAGCUAUCAAACAGACUCUAUGUAUAUAUACGGAGGCCAUUGUGGAGUACAAGGUUAUCCUAGAACGUUCGCCCAACUAUGUACCUGCUUUAAAAGGUGUUGGGGAGACAUACUUAUUACUGGCUAGAAAUCACCUUUCUCAAAGUUUCUAUGGUCGUGCCCGAGAAAAUUGUGAGGAUGCGCUACUAUUCCUGACCAGAGCAGCAGGUCAUCGGUCUGACAUGUCCUGUCUGUGGAAGUUAAUGGGAGAUGCCUGUACACUGAUCCAUGGCCUGGCACCCAAAAACUUCAGCUUCACUGUGGAUAAUAAACUGGUGGCAAGGGCAGGAGAGACGUGUACCUCAGGAACAUCUAAGAUAGGCCUCACUCAGACCCUGGAGUUGGGGGCUAGGUGCUAUGGCAGAGCGUUGAAGGUCCUUCCAGAAUGUGCCUCAUUAUGGCAUGACCUUGGACUCAAUUUUUUCUACCAAUCACAGCAGUCAACACAGUCGGAUGUGAUUGCCACUCUGUCCACAAAAUCUGUAAAUGCUCUGAAGAAAGCAUUGACAAUUGAUCCUAAAAAUCAUUUACACUGGAAUGCUCUUGGAAGGGUAUUCUGUUCAAAUGGAUUUUACACCCCAGAUAAGGCCCAGCACUGUUUUAUCAAGUCAAUACAGACUGAACCAAAUAAUGUCGUUGCUUGGUCUAACCUGGCGACUCUUUAUUUUAAGAAUAGCAACAUAGAGCUUGCUCAUGAUGCCUUCAAGACUGCCCAGAGUCUAGAGCCAUCCUAUGUUGCCUGCUGGAUUGGCCAGGCCCUGAUUGCAGAGACAGUUGGACAUGAAGAUGCAAUGGACUUGUUCAGACACACCAAUGAACUGGCCAAUCACGUAGAGGGAGCCACAGGGUAUGCCAGCUGGGUAUGUACCAUGCUCAAGGACAAGAGUAAACAUAAUACAGAACUGUUCCGCUACUCCAUCAAGCAAAUGGCCGCCAUACCUGCAGCCUCAGAUGCUUUGGCCAAAUAUCUAGAUGUUGAGAAAACCAACCCUACUGCAUACAACAUGUAUGGCUUGCUAUUGGAGCAUCAAGGAUUAUACAAGUUAGCUGCUCAUUCUCUUUGUUCUGCUCUAGAGCUGUGUGAUGACAGCACAUCCCACAGACAGGAAAUCAGGACCAACUAUGCUCGCAUUCUCUGCAAAAAUCAACAGUAUCAGGAAGCUGUAGCACAGUAUGACCUUGUGGAUGACCUUGUAACCUUGGAGGACUUGUGUAACAAAGGUUUAGCAUUGCACAAGGCUGGGCGGUAUGCAGACAGUAUCCUAGUGUACUCCACUGCCCACACCCUUGCUGAAACAGAGGAAGAACAAUCACAGGUGUCUGUUGCUAUGGGAAUGGUCCACUACACAGCUGGAGACCUUGAAACAACAAAGUCAAUCCUCUUCCAAAGUUCCCAGAUGACUCCACCCUCCAGAAUGGGCCUUCUGGCUCUGUGCGCCCUGGGGAUUUUACAGACAGACAUAACCUUGACCUUGGCAGUCCUUCAGGAACUUUUGGCAGGAACAGGAUCAACUAGUCAGUCUGACAUUGCUCACCUGAUGUCUACAGCUAAUGCUGUUAUUGAGGGUAAUCCACAAGCAGCUAAAAACUUUGUCCAGCAGUGUGUUCAUAAGUAUCCUGACCAAGUGGAUCUGUGGCGCCUUCUUGGGUCUGUCCUUAUCACUCAUUGUCGGAACACCACAGCAGUGUCUGCUGCUACCAACUGUGUACAGAUAGUCAACUCAUUAGAUCCAACAUCACCUGAUAUAAUGAAGCUGGUGACCAGUGGUCAGUUAGCUGGUGGACAGCACAGUCGGACCAAAAGAAAUGGGAUAUUGUCCAGUGCCCAGAGAGCAGUACAUCUGAAUCCAGCCCAGAUGGAGAACUGGUGUAACUUGACAGCAGCUCUCCAUAGUCACUCUGUGUUCCACGAUGACAAGGUUGACAAACUCAGUAAACUUACCCUCCUUUACCUCAACUGGAUCUCGUCAACAUUCACAGAAGCUCCAAGCUCAUUGACUUGUUGGUGUAAAAGACAGAAAGUUGUUUCCCUUGUUGGGUCUGGAAGAGUUGAUGAAGCAGCAGACUUACUUUGCCAGUUAAAGAAUUGUGAAGAUCAGGAUCUGGUGGAUUUUGCUUUGAUCAUGGAAACGGUAAUAAAUGGAGACAUAGGGGCCAUGUCAGAACAUCUGCUGCAGUCACGAGAUAACACCUUUCUUCUUGAGGCUUUGUUGGAGACGUGUGAACAGGAAGGAGUCACAGUAAACCUGAAUGAUAUCUUGGGCGAGGAGGAUCAGAAGGACAGCGGAAGGAGAAUUGACUUUGUGUGUAAAGUACUACAUGUAUAUUACAUGUACAAGCAGGCAAAGAGGACUGGUCUACAGGAUAACAAAGAUUUUGAGGAGACAUUGAAGAAGGCCGUGACAGAAGUACAAAUGUUAGACUCCCACUGUCUCCCAGUAAUGUUGAUCCUUGCAGCAGCCAAUUUGACAAUCAAUCCCAGGCUUACCAAGCACUGUGUAGUGAAAGUAAGCGAGGGAAGACAUCUACAAAUAGAUAAAGGUGAUGAAGUCUCCAUAGCAAGAUGUCUUCUCAUCAAACUCAUAUACAACCCUAGCAAAGAGUCAGAAGCACUCAAGAAACUUUUGACAGAAGCAGAAGUGGAAGGAGAUGUUGCUGCUCUCAAUUUCUACCGUUUUCUCUCUAGCAGCAAGUGACGAGUCUCUAUGGACCGAAUGUGUUAAUAAUGCUGGAUGAUUUUUCUGAUAAUCCUAAAAAACAAAGAGUACAUUGUUAGAGUACAGAUUGUAUAUAUAAUAGACCUUCUGAUAGUUGUUGCAGUUGUUAUACAAACUACAGUAAUGCAUGAAUACUUGGAAUACUUAUCGGUUGAGUAAAGUUUAAUGGUAUUUUUUCAUUGAUAAAAUUUUAUGACAAUUUACAAGGACAUUGUUACUUAAGAUAUGAUUGCACAGUGCAGUUAUUGAGCAGUGCUAAAAACCUCCUGUUACAGAUUCUUUAUAUGAUAAGUGUUUAAUCCCAGAUGAGUAAUGAUGUCUGUGUUUGUGUUUAUUGAUAGGUAAUGUCAAUGUUGCUGUUUCUAUUGUUAUAAUGAUGUUGUCAUGGACACAUUAAAAUUUGCAUAUU